GCAUCCAUCUGCCCUUUUAACUUUCCAGCUAUGGUGCCACUUUGGACGUUUCCAAUCAGCGUAGCCUGUGGUAAUGCAACUAUCCUCAAGCCAUCCGAGAGAACUCCUGGAGCCUCUUUAAUACUGGCAGAACUAUUUAGUGAAGCUGGUGCACCACCUGGCCUCUUAAAUAUCAUACAUGGUGAAAAAGAGGCUGUCAACUUCAUUUGUGAUAAUCCUGACAUAAAAGCUGUAUCCUUUGUUGGCUCUGACCAGGCCGUAA